CAUACAAAUGUAUAUAUGCACACACACACACCCAACCCAGCCACGAGCUCUCUGAGGCGGCAUUCCGCGUCAACCGUGCUUUUGGAUUUUUUGGGGUUUGUCAGAGAAUUCUCUAUUUUUUCUUUUUCGGUUUCUCUCCACUUUCUUUUUCUUUUUGAUUUGGUUUUUUCUUUUUUAAAAUUUAUUGAGGAAAAAAAAUCGAAGAAAUCGAUACCGCAUUUCUCAGCUUUUGCGCUUCCGGGAGAGAUCGUUAUGGCUGGUGAAACUUUGAUCAGUGUUAAUGGAAACGGCAAUGGCAAUGUCAAUGGCAAUGUCAAUGGCAACGUGCAGCCUAAUCCACAGAGGACUUACCAAGUUGUUGUGGCUGCAACCAGAGAUAUGGGUAUUGGUAAGGAUGGGAAGCUGCCAUGGAGAUUGCCUUCUGAUCUCAAGUUCUUUAAGAACAUCACGAUAGCCACGUCAGAUCCUGGGAAAAAAAAUGCUGUUUUAAUGGGUAGGAAAACAUGGGAGAGUAUUCCUCUUGAGCAUCGUCCACUACCUGGUCGCCUCAAUGUUGUUCUGACUCGUUCUGGGAGUUUUGAUAUCGCCACGGCUGAGAAUGUAGUAAUCUGUGGUAGCAUGACAUCUGCUUUGGAGUUGUUAGCUGCUUCCCCUUACUGCCUGUCCAUUGAGAAAGUGUUCGUCAUAGGGGGUGGCCAAAUACUAAGGGAAGCUCUAAACUCGUCUAGCUGUGAUGCUAUCCACAUUACGGAUAUUGAGACAAGCAUUGAAUGUGACACUUUUAUCCCUGCUAUUGAUUCUUCUGCAUUUCAGCCUUGGUACUCAUCAUUUCCCGUGGUGGAGAAUAAUAUUCGUUAUUCCUUUACCACUUAUGUACGGGUGAGAAGUCCUGCAGUUGAAUCCUCAAAUGAAAAUGGUGAUCUGACCUUUAAUGGUAAGUCAGAUAUUAAUAAGUUUGAGGUAAAGAAGUUCUCAUUCCUGCCCAAGAUGAUUUUUGAUAGGCAUGAGGAGUAUCUCUAUCUAAGAAUGGUACAAGAUAUCAUCUCCGAUGGAAAUUCUAAAGAUGAUAGAACAGGUACUGGAACUUUUUCGAAAUUUGGUUGCCAGAUGCGGUUCAAUCUGCGGAAAACUUUCCCUCUUCUAACGACCAAGAAAGUAUUCUGGCGAGGGGUUGUGGAAGAACUUCUGUGGUUUAUAAGUGGCUCUACAAGUGGCAAGGUCCUUCAGGAGAAAGGCAUUCAUAUAUGGGAUGGCAAUGCAUCUAGAGACUAUUUAGAUCGCAUUGGUUUGACAGACAGGGAAGAGGGUGACUUAGGGCCAGUUUAUGGGUUUCAGUGGAGACACUUUGGUGCUAGGUAUACUGAUAUGCAUGCUGACUACUCUGGCCAAGGAUUUGAUCAGUUGCUAGAUGUUAUUGACAAGAUACAAAAUAAUCCUGAUGAUCGACGAAUAAUUCUCUCAGCCUGGAAUCCUUCUGAUCUCAAAUUGAUGGCCCUUCCACCGUGCCACAUGUUUGCUCAGUUCUAUGUAGCCAAUGGGGAGUUAUCAUGUCAGAUGUAUCAGCGAUCUGCUGACAUGGGCCUGGGUGUGCCAUUUAACAUUGCGUCUUAUGCACUUCUGACAUGCAUGGUUGCUCAUGUUUGUGGUCUGGUUCCUGGUGAUUUUGUCCAUGUUCUUGGAGAUGCUCAUGUCUACCGCAAUCAUGUCAGGCCUCUACAGGAUCAGCUUCAGAAAUUGCCGAAGCCUUUUCCUAUUUUAAAGAUCAAUCCCGAGAAAAAGAAUAUAGACUCUUUUGUGCCUGAUGAUUUCACACUCAUUGGUUACGAUCCACACCAGAAGAUAGAAAUGAAAAUGGCUGUAUAGUGCGCUCUCAAUUGUUUAGUAAAGAGAACGCAAAGGCUCUAGUUUAUUUUCAGGCAACACUUGCUCUUAGUUUUAAGGAAAAAGCAAGUGGAAGUUUAUCUACGAGUUCACGCACAUUAAUAAAGAACAGCUAGUUAUAUGGUACUACAAGCCCUUUUUUUUUGCACAAUGUAGUGAGAAUCCUUUAGUUCCACACACUUGGGUUGGUGGUUCCAAGGUGAUUUAGUUUAAUCUGCAUCUUCUUCUAUCCGAGUGUUUUUGGUUUUUAAAUAGAACCCUCGUUUACUUUACUAUUGUUGCAAAAUACUUAUGUGUACUGCUACUGCUUAUUUCAUGUUCCAGAAAAUGGAAUUGGUACACCAAAUCUGAACGGAUUUUAACCUAA